GCCGCCCUUGAAGUCGGUGUCCAGAGUCCCGCACCCGGGUGGCGGAUCUUCCCCAACAUGGUAGCGCCGGGAUUUGUGUUUGGGCUGGUGCUGCCUUUAAUCCUGCCGGCCGACACGAGUGCAGAUGUCGCCUUUCGCUUUGCCUCAUACGUCAAUAACUACAUGGUGCUGCAGAAGGAGCCUGCCGGGGCAGUGAUUUGGGGCUAUGGCACAUCGGGAGCCACAGUGACAGUGACUCUGUGGCAAGGUCAGGAAACCAUCAUGAAGAAAGUGACCAGUGUGAAAGGACACUCUAACAGCUGGAUGGCGGUUCUGGAUCCUAUGAAGCCUGGGGGACCUUAUGAGAUGGUGGCACAACAGACUUUUGGGAGAACGAACGGCACCCUGAGAGUUCAUGAUGUCCUGUUUGGAGAUGUCUGGCUUUGCAGUGGGCAGAGUAACAUGCAGAUGACAGUUUCACAGAUAUUCAAUGCCACAAGAGAGCUGGCCAACACUGCGGCCUAUCAGUCUGUCCGCAUCUUCUCCGUGUCACUUAUUCAGGCAGAGCAGGAGCUGGAGGACCUUGCUCAGGUUGACCUGCAGUGGGCUAAGCCCUCCUCAGAGAACUUAGGCCAUGGGAUUUUCACGUACAUGUCAGCAGUGUGCUGGCUCUUCGGGCGCCACCUGUAUGACAUCCUGCAAUACCCCAUCGGGCUGAUGUCCUCCUCAUGGGGUGGGACACCCAUUGAAGCGUGGUCUUCUGGAAGGCCUCUGAGAGCCUGUGGUGUUCCAGUGCGAGGGUUCACUCAGUCUGAUUCUGUGACGGGUCCCAGUAAGCACUCUGUUCUCUGGAAUGCCAUGAUCCACCCACUGCAUAACAUGACUCUGAAAGGGGUGAUAUGGUACCAGGGGGAGUCCAAUGUGGAUUUUAACAGGGACCUGUACAAUUGCACAUUCCCUGCGCUCAUUGAAGACUGGCGCCAGACCUUCCACCGGGGGUCCCAGGGGCAGACAGAGCGUUUCUUCCCAUUUGGAUUUGUCCAGUUAUCUUCAUAUCUUUCUGCAACCUCGGAUAACACAUUCCCCCAGAUCCGUUGGCAUCAAACAGCAGACUUCGGCUAUGUCCCCAACGCAAGGAUGCCCAACACUUUCAUGGCAGUAGCAAUGGAUCUCUGUGAUAGGAAGUCACCUUUUGGCAGCAUCCACCCUCGAGACAAACAGACAGUGGCCUACAGGCUGCACUUGGGGGCCCGAGCUGUGGCCUAUGGUGAGAAGUUGAUCUUUCAAGGACCACUGCCUGAGAACAUGGAACUCCUGGCUGACAAGGGGCUGCUCAACCUCACAUAUUCACAGGAAAUCCGGGUGCAGAGGCAGGACAAGAUAUUUGAGGUCUCAUGUUGCCGUGACCGUCAGUGCAAGUGGCUCCCAGCUCCCAUGGACGCUUUCUCAGCCCAGACGCUGGCCCUGAAUAUCCGUUCUUGCCGUGGCGUUCUGGCUGCUGUUCGCUACGCCUGGACCACCUGGCCUUGUGAAUACAAGCAGUGCCCCCUGUACCACCCCAGCAGCACCCUGCCAGCCCCUCCCUUCAUUGCAUCUCUGACAGACCCAAGGCGGGGCAAGCACAGCGAGCUUGCUGAGUGACGUAGUGGCCUCAUGACCCUCAUCUUGGACUUAAGUGUGGGUUCUUGAGAUUUGGGCAUUUAGGUGUUGAAGUGAUGACAACUAAUGCUUUUAAAGGCAACUAAUAGCAAAGCCGCCUGGCCAGCUCCCAGCCAGCACAUGGUUGUUUCUAGAUUCUGAAUAGGAGACAAGCCAGCGCUGGCAGGCAAAUGAGAUGCUUGCCUUUUGUCCCCUAGACAGCCUAGUGUCUUACUGGACUAAUUCCCAGCUACAAACAAAUGGAGCCCGUGUCAUUCGCUUGCCUUGUGGAGAUCGUGCGGUGUCACACUUUUGUCACCUUACAUACAGCUUUGGGUGGAAAUACACGGCUGGAAGAGAUUUCAAGGCUCAUUAUUUAUGUGUUCUUUACAGGAUCUGGUGAGUGGUUACUGAAUCUCUGUACAAAGUUUCUAAACUUCCCAACAGUUUUUCCUUAUGUAGAACUGAA